AUGAACCCAACAACACCGACACCGGCGGCGCUUGAAGCCAACGAGAAGAAUUCGACCGAAGCCUCGUCGCCUGGACCGCAAGAUCCAAAGCACGACGGGAGAUAUGCAGACGAUGCUUACAUCGAGCAACUGGGACGACAGCGACCGCCAUGUUUCCCCAAUUUAUUCUCCGAACUGGCCUUCUGCUUUUCCAUCAUGAUGUCUCAGAUCCUUGCAGAAUACUACAUCUCCGGCUCGAAUGUGCUUCUCCCUACCCUAGUCAAGGAACUGCACAUCCCUGCCGCGUCCACGAUCUGGCCGUCGACCGCUCUCUCUCUCGUAGUUACGUCAACGCUGCUCAUCUUCGGCCGCCUGUCUGACAUGUACGGCGGGUACAUCCUCUACGUCGCCGGAUUUACAUGGAUGAUCAUCUCCUCCAUUCUCGCCGGCGUCUCCGUGUCCUGGCUGAUGUUGCUCAUCUGUCGCGCGCUGCAAGGCCUGGCCCUGGCCUGCUUUUUGCCCGCCGGGAUGAUGAUCCUCGGCAGUACGUACCGGCCGGGGCCGCGCAAGAACCUCGUCUUCAGCAUCUACGGCGCCUGCGCGGCGCUGGGGUUCUUCGCGGGGAUCUUCUUCUCCGGGAUCUGCAGCCAGUUCCUCACAUGGCGCUGGUACUUCUUUUUCGGCGCCAUCCUGUCCGGCAUCACCACCGUCUCCUCGUUUUUCUACAUCCCCAACGACUACCGCGAGAAGCGCAAACUGGGUAUCCAGAUGGACUGGGCCGGCUGCUGCCUCUCCGUGCCCGGCACCGUGCUCCUCGUAUUCGCCAUCGCCGAAUGCUCCUACGCCCCACAGGGAUGGCGCACGCCGUACAUCCCCGUCUGCUUCGCGCUAGGGAUCAUCCUCCUCGCCAUCUUGACCUACGUCGAAGGAUGGGUAGUCCCGAACCCGCUCCUCCCCGGCGACAUGUUCCACGUAAAGCACAUGACCGCGCUCGCCAUCGCCCUACUCUUCCUCUACGGCAGUCUCGGCACCUUCCUCCUCUACUCAGUGCUCUACAUGUCGGACAUCAUGGGCGCCGGACCCCUCCAGAUCGUCGCCUGGGCCGCCCCCAUGGGCGUCGGCGGCCUCAUCCUCUCCGCAGCGGGGGGACUCAUCUUCCACCGCAUCUCGGGCACGAUCGUCAUGCUAAUCUCAUGCCUGGGGUACCUCGGCUCAGCCCUACUCUUCGCCCUCAUCCCCCUCGGCGGGAAUUACUGGGCAUUUGUCUUUCUCGCCAUGAUCUGCGGCACGGUGGGGAUUGACAUCAGCUUCAACCUGGCCAACAUCUUCAUCACGACCAGCAUGCCCAAGGCGCGGCAGGGCCUGGCCGGCGCGCUGAUCAACUGCACUCUGCAUCUGGGGAUCGCGAUCAUGUUGGGAUUUGCGGAUAUCGUGCAGACGCAGACCAAGGGGUUGGAGCUGUACAAGAACUACAAGGCGGUGUUUUGGUUCCAGACGGGGCUGGCGGGGACGGGGAUGCUGAUCGUGUUGUUUUUCGUGAGGAUUCAUCAUGCGAAGAGCGAGCUGACGGUGGAUGAGCGAGAGGCGUUGGCGGCAGAGGCUAAUCGCUUAGAGAGCGAAUGA